GAGAAAAAGAAACCAUUCUGCUCAGCGUGCUUUAUGCUCACGACUGUCAUACUACUGCAAGUUUGAAAUCGUCCUCGUUUUUUCUACGUAUUUGAUUUUAUUUCCCUCCUUUUAUAUUAGCUUGUUUCGUCAUAAUGUAAAAAUCGAAAGCAUUCGGGAAAUCAGACCUUUACAAUUAGACGGGUUUUGCUGAGCAACUGAAUGUCUUCAGUGCAAAAAUAUUAGUGUUUUUUCAAUGGCAGUAUGUCAGGGGAGCUAGGGAAAAAGGACCCUCUGUCUGAGAUGAGUCUCUCAGAGAAAAACAGUGAAAAAUCAAAACUACAUGGAUCCUUCAGUGAGAAAACACCAUCACAAACAAAAAGUGAAAGAUCAAGUUCACCUGUAUUGAGCUCUGUGUCUAUGAAGACUGACCAGUCAAAAGGUUAUGGAGUAGACUUCGGUGAGAAAACACCAUCCUCUUCCAAAAGUGAAAAAUCAAACCUACAUGAAUCCUUCAGUGAGAAAACACCAUCACAAACAAAAAGUGAAAGAUCAAGUUCACCUGUAUUGAGCUCUGUGUCUAUGAAGAGUGACCAGUCAAAAGGUGAUGGACUAGACUUCAGUGAGAAAACACCAUCCUCUUCCAAAAGUAUCAAAGAACAGAUGACCACAAUAAAUAUUGGUGAAGAAAUUAAACGGUGGAAAGCUCUAAAAGCACAGAAGAGACUGAAAACUGAUGAGGAACUGGCAUCUUUUCUUCUCAACAGGUUUCAGUUUGAGAAAUCAGACUCAAACUACAAGAAUUAUCGCAACUGCAAGAAUUUCGAAGAAGAUCUCCAAUGGAUCUUUAAGGAACUUGAGAACAAAUUAAUUGUGUUUCUUAAAAAUGAGCUGGACAAGUUUAAGAAAAUAUUGAAAAGAAAGAACACACAGUACUUUGUGCAGGACUUUAUAGAGGAAAUGCGUGAUAUCAAAGAAGCAGCACUUGAUAUGACACUCUUCUUUCUGAGAGAUAUGAAGCAAAUUGAGGCUGCAGAUGCUCUACAAGAUGAGCUGAUUCUCAUUCAACAGCGACCACUAAAAUCAAACCUGAAGAAGAAGCACCAAUCUGUAUCUGAAGGAAUUGCAAAGCAUGGUGACUCCAAGCUUCUGAAUAACAUCUACACAGAUCUUUAUAUGACUCUGGGUGUUAGUAAACAAGUCAAUACCCAACAUGAAGUAAGACAAAUUCAGGCUGCUGACAGGCGACAUAAAACAGAAGAGAUUCCGGUUGAAUGCCAAAAUUUGUUUAAAGCACCUGAACAAGACAAGGAGAUCAGAACUGUACUGACAAAAGGAGUUGCUGGCAUCGGAAAAUCCAUCUCUGUACAAAAGUUUAUUGUGGAUUGGGCUGACGGAAAAGAAAAUAAGGAUAUUACUUUCAUAUUUCCUCUUGCAUUUCGAGAGAUGAACUUAAAGGAGAAUGAAAAACAAAGCUUGUCAGGUCUUAUGAGUCAGUUUUUCCCAGAGAUAAAAGGACUCAACCUUAAAAGAGAUGAUAAGUUUAAAUUCUUGUUUAUCCUUGAUGGUUUGGACGAAUGCCGUCUUCCUCUGAACUUUGAGGGUAAUGAGAUUUGCCGUGAUGUAUUGUUACCAGUCUCUCUGGAUGUUCUGCUAACAAACCUCAUUAAGGGAAAUCUGGUUCCUUCUGCUCUCAUCUGGAUCACCACCAGACCAGCAGCUGCCAUUAAAAUUCCUCCUGAAUAUAUUGACCGUGUGACAGAAGUACAAGGAUUCAAUGAUGCACAAAAAAAGGAGGAGUACUUCAGAAAAAGAUUUACAGAUGUGGAUUUGGCAAACAAAAUUAUUGAUAAUGUUAAACAAUCAAAGAGUCUUUUUAUCAUGUGCUACAUCCCAGUCUUCUGCUGGAUUUCAGCCACUGUUCUUCAUAACAUUUUGGAGGAGAAAAUAAAUAAUGAUAUGAAAAACAAUAAGGCUGAUGACGUCUCCAAAACACAGCAGAGAUCAAACACUGAAGAAACUCCCAAGACUCUGACACAAAUGUACACACACUUUCUCCGCUUUCAGAUCCUGCAGAGCCAUCGUAAGUAUGAAGGCAAAUACACACCAGAUGUUCCCUGGGAUAAACAUGCCAUGCUUUCACUGGGGAAACUGGCAUUUCAUCAGUUGCAGAGAAACAACCUGCUCUUUUAUGAUGAAGAUCUGGAAUCCUGUGGUAUUGAUGUCGAUAAAGCAUUAGUGUAUUCAGGCAUGUGUACCCAGAUUUUUAAAGAAGAAAAAGGAGUUUUUCUUGGUACCACUUUCUGCUUUGUUCACCUGAGCAUUCAAGAGUUUAUUGCAGCCCUUUAUGCACAUCUAUUUCUAGACCUCGAAAAAAAGAGUGUGUUUGUUAAUCAUGAGUCUGGGGAACAGGAAAACAAAAAUUACACCAUGAUUGAUUUGCUUAAGACUGCAGUGGACAAGGCACUUGAGAGUGACACUGGACACCUGGACCUUUUCCUUCGCUUCCUUCUUGGUCUGUCACUUCAGACCAAUCGUCCACUCUUACAAGGUCUGUUAACACCGCAAGAUGGUAAUGAUGAGAACUACAACGAGAUAGUUCAGUACAUCAAGAAGAAAUUAGAAGGUGAUCUGUCUCCAGAGAGAUCCAUCAAUCUGUUCUACUGUCUGAAUGAACUGAACGACCAAACUCUGGUAAAAGAGAUUCAAACUCAACUUAGAGAAGGAAGUCUCUCAUCUGCUGACCUUUCACCUGCCCAGUGGUCUGCUGUGGCCUUUGUUUUGUUGACAUCAGAGGAAGAGAUGAAGGAGUUUGAGCUGCAGAAAUUCAAGAAAUCAGACGAGUGCCUCUUUAGGCUAUUGGAAGUUGUGAAAAUUUCCAAAAGAGCUGUGUUAAACGAUUGUAACUUAACAGACAAAAGCUGUUCAAGUCUGGCUAAAGCUCUUGAAUCGGAUAACAGUCUGGAAGAGAUGAAUAUGAACAAUAAUAAUCUGCAAGAUUCAGGAGUGAAGUUGCUCUGCAGUGGACUGAAGAGUGUAAAAUGUAAAUUGGAGAUACUGAGUCUCAGUAAGUGCAAUCUAACAGAGGGAAGCUGUUCAGAUCUGGCUUCAAUUCUCAGUUCAGACUUCAGCAAUCUGAAGUAUCUUGACCUGAGCAACAAUAAUCUGCAGGAUUCAGGAGUGAUGCUGAUCUCUGAUGGACUGAAAAAGAACUGUAAACUACAGAAGCUUAAGUGAGUUGACAUAAUUA